GUACGCGAUUGAGAGGCAAACCAUUCACAUAACGUUCACAUAGAGAUAGAGUACAGUAUAUAUUGGAUAAUAACUACGCUUUACUGCUGUGUUGUGUCGACUCAAUGGUUGUGUUGUUUACUAUUGUACGCAUAGAGAGUAUUGCCAGACAUUAGCAGCUGAUCACUCAUCACAACAACCAUUAUAUGGCACAGCGAUUGACCACUCAUUUCAUACCUCAAACUCGAGACAACGAUCAUCUGAUCCGCUAAACCACUCACCACUGCAUCUAUGAAUUGAUGAACCGUUUGGUUGCUGUCAUUGCACUGCAAACGAGACAUACGUUUUGAGUAGUAGUGGUGUUGUUGUUGUUGUCGACCAAAACACAGUUACCAUUGAUUUGUGUUGUGAUAUGUUAUAAGACAAUAGCUGUCUGUGAAUAGGCUAUUGGAUCCGUUAAAUGCUCGACAACUGACACGUGAAGAGUUGUCGCCAGCCAUGAGUGCGGACACGGAUGAGACGGCAAACUCGGUGUUCGUUAACUUCAAUCAGGACUCGUCGUCACUGGCCAUCGGCACCAGAACUGGUUACAAGUUAUACGCCUUGAGUUCGACCGAUAAACUAGAUUUACUACAUGAAGACGGCUCGGAGGACAUCCGGAUUGUGGAGCGGCUGUUCUCAUCGUCGCUGUUGGCGAUCGUCUCGCUGUCGUCGCCGCGAAAGCUAAAGGUGUGUCACUUCAAGAAGAAGACCGAGAUUUGCAACAACGCGUACACCAACUCAAUACUGGCCGUCAAACUGAACCGACAACGACUGAUCGUGUGUCUGGAGGAGAGCGUCUAUAUCCACAACAUCCGCGACAUGAAACUCCUGCACACAAUCAAAGACAUGCCGUCCAAUCCCAGCGGUCUGUGCGCUCUGUCGCCCAAUUCGGACAACUGUUUGUUCGCAUAUCCGGCCAGUAAUACGAAAGGAGAAGUGAAUGUAUUCGAUGCACAAAAUCUACAGAACAAAAUCCUCAUCACCGCUCACGACAACCCGUUGGCCGCCAUCGCCUUCGACUCCAACGGACUCAAGAUCGCCACCGCUUCCGAGAAAGGAACUGUAAUCCGUGUGUUCAACGUAAUGGACGGACAGAGCAUUUGCGAGUUCCGUCGCGGUUACGCCCGAUGUGUGUCCAUCUACUCGUUGUCUUUCAGUUCGGACUCAUUGUUCUUAUGUGCCUCAAGUAAUACAGAAACUGUUCAUAUCUUCAAGUUGGGCGACCAGAACGACACUAAACCGCCUGAAGAGCCAAAAGGUGUUAUGGGAUAUCUAAGCGAAAUAGGUAUCAAAGCGGUGGGCAGUUAUUGGCCAUCGAUGGCCGAUAUGAUGAAUCAGUGGCGCUCGUUCGCGACGGCCCGCCUGCCGCUGGCCGGACCACGCAAUGUGUGCGCUGUGGCCAACAUUCAAAAGGUUCCCCGAGUGCUGAUCGCGUCGGCCGACGGUUACCUCUAUAUAUAUGAUCUUAAUAUGAAUGACGGCGGAGACUGUACUUUGAUUAAACAGCACCGGUAUGUACUGCACAGCCCCUACGGGCGUCAUUGCGAAGGACACAACUGUCAAACUCUAACCACUUUUGUUGUGAUGUUUGCCUUCAGAUUGGAUGACACGAUAGGAAGCUCAGAGGCGUCGAGCGCUGCCAACAUUCAAGGGAGCGUCAGUUAUGCUGCUGUUGUCCGAGGCUUUGAGCCCAACACCACCACAGUGUCCACCAUUGCUGCCCUCCAACCCGUGUCUGCCGGUGCAGUCGCAGAGAAGACACCACCGAGGAGUGAGUCCAGCGGCAGCGGCAGUGGUGGCGGAGGCGGUGGUAGUGGCGGCGCCCAAGACUACGACGGAGACUUCCCACCCAUGACUUAUUCGCCCGGAUUUUGAACAUUGGAUAACACUAUUGCCCUCCCUUUAGACGAAGACAGACAACAACUCGAAUAUAAUUAUCAUUUGAAUUCACAUUUUUGAUUAUUACUGAUUCAAUCAGUUAUAUAAAAAUGUAUAAUAAUUUACAUUUUAUGUACCUAUUUAUGGGAAGCGACAGUCGUUUCCCUUUCUUUUUUGAUAAAUGUAUUAUAAAUAAUGGUUUUGCUGUAAAUAUUUAUAUCAAUUUCAAGCGAUUUAAUCAAAGUAUAAGUUUGAAAAUGAUUUAAUUUAAUUGAAUUAUUGAUAAAAUAUAAAUUAUAGCGAAA